AUGACAGGCAGACAUCAACUUAUAUCUAUAACGAAUUUCGAGGAACCUCAACCAAAAGCUAUGGCAGAAUUGAAACUACUGGAAGAGUCUAUUCAUAGCUGGACGGUAGUGCCACCGCAGUUUACUUUAAGCCGGCAUGUAGAAGCGCUGGUUGCAACAGGCAAUACGAUUUUAGUGGUUGAUAGUAAAGAAGUAACUGACCAGCAUUUAAAUCAAGGGCCAUUUACAAAGAUGGUCAUUUCACCCAACGGCAAAUUUUUGGCCUUAUUCACUUCAGAUGGGAAGUUAUGGGUUGUCUCAACAGAUUUUCAAAAGAAUCUGUCAGAAUAUGCUACAAAAUCAAAAAUUGCGCCUCAGCAGUUGGUGUGGUGCGGUACAGAUUCUGUAGUACUUUAUUGGGAAAAGAUUGUACUAAUGGUGGGUCCUUUCGGAGACUGGAUCAAAUAUACUUAUGAUGAUCCAAUAUUCCUGGCUUCAGAGAUCGAUGGUGUACGCAUUAUAAGCAACGAGAAAUGCGAGCUAUUACAAAAAGUACCAGCAUCUACGGAAAAUAUCUUUAAGAUAGGAUCUACAGAGCCCCCAGCUAUGUUAUAUGAUGCCUUGGAUCAUUAUGAGCGUAGAAGUCCAAAAGCUGAUGAAAAUAUUCGAAGCAUAAAGGCAGAGCUUAUUGAUGCUGUAGAUAGCUGUAUAGAAGCUGCAGGAUUUGAGUUCAAUCAUCAUUAUCAGAGAACACUUUUGAAAGCUGCAUCCUUUGGUAAAUGCUUUCUUGAGAAUUAUGACGCAAACAAUUUUGUUAAUAUGGCCCAAAGCAUUCGCGUGCUGAAUGCUGUUCGAUAUUAUGAUAUCGGUAUACCCCUCACUUAUACACAGUAUAAACGGCUUGGUCCUGAUGCCCUGAUCGAUCGUCUGUUGAAUCGAAACUUACAUUUGCUCGCUAUACGAAUCGCUGAAUACCUCGAUCUACGCACAGACAGAAUACUAAUACACUGGGCUUGUGAAAAGAUAAAAUCUUCCAAUGAGGAUGAAGAUACCCUCUGUAGAAUGAUUGUAGAGAAACUAGCUAAAAAACCAGGAUUAUCCUAUGCUGUAAUUGCCAAAACGGCGUAUAAUUCUGGUCAGGCACGUCUGGCAACAAGACUUUUGGAGUUCGAGCCUAGGGCUGCAGAUCAGGUUCCACUACUCAUGUCUAUGCAGGACGACGAGACAGCUUUGAUCAAGGCUAUAGAGAGCGGUGAUACAGACUUAGUUUAUUUGGUUCUAUUUCAUUUGAAACGCAAAUUACCACUGGGAGAAUUUUUCAGAAUGAUCAACAAUAAGCCGAUGGCUUGCAACCUACUUGAAGUAUAUUGUAAAGAGCAAGAUAUUGAGCUUCUGAAAGAUUUUUACUAUCAGGACGAUAGACGAAUUGAUACUGCUAAUAUUACCUUAUCCGAAGCAUUUAAUGAUAUGGAUAUAAGCGAGCGUAUGAAGAAGCUUAAAAUUGCAGGAAAGACAUACAACGAUAACAGGGAUCAAGUUUUUGAAGCAAAGGCUGUAGAUGAGGCGAUAAAGUUGCUCCAGUUCCAGAUCGCUCUGGAAAAAGAUACCCAGCAAUCAUUCGCAGGUCUUUCAGUUAGUGAGACCAUUUACAAAUGUACAACACUAGGCCAGCAUGGUAAAGCAUCGAAAAUACGAUCGGAUUUCAAGGUUCCAGAUAAAAGGUUUUGGUGGGUAAAACUUCGAGCACUGGUAGAGGUCCGAGAUUGGGAAAAUUUGGAAAAGCUCGCCAAGAGCAAGAAGUCACCCAUUGGUAUUGAGAUUGGUGCGUUCAAGGAAGCUGGAGAGCAAGCAUAUUUGAACAAAGACGCAGAAGCAUUAAGGGAAGUGCGAGCAAAAUGUACAAAUCAUGUUGUGGCUCAAGAAUUAGAUUCUCUCCUUGCACAAUUGACUGCGAAAUAA